ACAGAAGCUCCUUUGAACUAAGGUCGUGACCUUGAUGGUCCUUAUUUUUCAUGAGUUCCAUUGAUGAACAAAAGUUUCCAGAUAGAGGAUUCAAAUCCCCAGAAUAUGUUAAAGUCGAGGAGUAUUCCGACUUUGUCCGGACUUAUGAGGCCGUACGUCAGAGAAGAUUUUCUCGUUGGGAAAAAUAUUUCUCUGAUUUCCCACCUAAAAAAGGUGCUAGAUUCAAAAGGUUUUGCCGGAAGGGUAUACCAGAUCACAUUAGGCCAAUGGUGUGGAUGCACCUUUCUGGAGCUUAUGAACGAAUGAAAGCUAAUCCGGAUGCCUAUCAAAUAGCGGUUACCAAAACUCCUCCAAAAAACAUAUGGAAUGUUAUUUUGGCUGGUAUGUUCGCCAAUAUUUCAAAACUAUUUCAUUAACAAUACUUGAGAUUCGCUUAUCUACCAAAAAUUUCCAAUCCGCUUUCAUAUAGAUUUU